AUGGCCGUGGUGGCGGGGAGUGCCCUGAAUUCCAGUCGUCAUCCUUCCACAAGACAUGCCGUCGGAAUGAGCACUGCCAAACGAUCCCGAAGGCGCGGUGCCGAAGCCUCUCCACCGCCAGCAUCCAAACGACUAAAGUCCUCUCACGUGCCCGCACCGCAAGCUGGAACUGGACUCGGCUUCCUCGUAGAUGAGAAUGCUCGUGCUGGGAAGAAGCUCAAUGCGAAAUUAACCAAUGGCAUUCCACAAUCCAAAUCGAACCGUGUGGACGAUUCCCGUGCGGCGGUAGCAAGAGAUGUCGAGAGUCUGGACUCGGAUGAUGAGGAGGACGUUGGAGGGAAGCCGGCGCCAGAGGUUAUUGAGCUCUCCAGCAAUAGUGAGUCCAGCGAGCUCGAAAGUGAUGAGGAGGAAGAAGCGCAGCCGAAGCCUGUGACGAAUGGACAUCACAUCGAGCAAGAAGAGCAGGAUGUCGACAUGCAAGACGAAGACGAUACAGGAGAUGCCACAUUUGGAGACUUACUUCAAGCUCGACACCCACAACCUAUCGACGUAUCAAAAGCGCUCCAAUCCGUCGGCUCGAAUUCUCGCAGCCUCGUCCCUUCAUCCAACAAUCAACUCCGCGCACCUCUCAAUUCCGCAAGUUUGGGAGUAGUCCUCACCCAAGCUCUCAAGACAAGAGACAAGGACCUCCUCGAAGACUGCUUCCGCACAAACGACGUCCAAAGCAUCAAAGCCACCAUUCAACGCCAGCAAUCUUAUCAAAUCGCCACUCUCCUCGAACUCAUCGCCGAAAGAAUACACAAACGUCCAGGCCGGACCGGAAAACUCAUGACGUGGGUACAGUGGUCGCUGGUCUCUCAUGGUGGCUACCUAGCGAACCAACCCGAGCUCAUGAAGAAGCUCAAGUCACUCGGCCAAGUCGUGCGCGAGCGCGCAAACGGCCUGCAGCCACUUCUUCAUCUCAAGGGAAAGCUCGAUCUCCUCAGCGCGCAGUUGGAAUACAGGAAAAGAUUACAAGCCGACUCCCGAGCGACAGGCACGAAUGAUCAAGACGGGGAAGAAAAUGUGCUAUACAUCGAAGGUCAAGACAAUGACUGGUCAGACAGUGACGACGCGGUGGAAGGCGCGAACGGGGGUAUCCAGGCACGAAAACGCUCAAAGGUGCUGCAGAUCAAGCAGAACGACGACGAUGACAGCUCCGUGGAUGAGGAUGACGAGGACGAGCUCGAUGGACCAACGGGAGCGCUCGGCGAUGCGCUGGGAGACGAAAGUUCCGGCGACAACGAGGACGACUCGGAUGGAGAAGGGCUGCUGGAUGUCGAGGCGGAAGAAGCUUCAGGAGACGACGAGGAUGAGAGUGAGAGCUCGAAUGAUGAUGCACCGAGUGUGGUGUCUUCGGAGGAGGAGGAUGACAGUUCGGAUGGAGGCGAGGAGGAGGUCCCGGCAGUCAGCCGGCGACACAUGCUAGAUUGGCGUGCAGAUCAGUUGGACGUCUUCUUACUCGUACGGCUACGUAUCCACAGGAAGUCCUCGCAAAUGUUCGCGCGGCUGGAACCGUCGAACAACACCACAACCACUUCCCAAAUGACGCCACGCAGCUCCAACGACAACUAUCAAGAAGCGCGCGAAUAUCCAUCUCCUCCCCGCCGCGAACGAAAGAGUAUGUUCCUCGACGAAUUGACACGAGAUGAAACACGGCCUGAUCCCGUAGAGAGCAGCCAAGCGCAAAAUCAAGGUGAGCCGCAAGCAAUACAGCAGCACAAAAAAGAAGAACAAGAUGCGCCCGAGAAUGAAGAAGAAGAAAAAGAAGAUGACGACCUCGCCAUCACACUCACCGAGCUCCGCACCACCAACCCAUCCAUCACCUUCUCCCGCCUCGGAUCGCCCCUGACUUCCACUUUCACCACCAUUCCGCUUGCAUCCCCUCUGCCGCCUUCGCGAUCAUCUCAUGCUUCAGAUGGCGAACAUCUCACACGAAGGAAUUCAUUCGACCUCAUCUUCGCCCAGGCGUUGGAGAAUGAGGAUGAAGCACAAGUGAUAGCGGAAGUGAGAGGGUUGAUUCGACGAAGCGUGACGCCGCCCGACGCGUCGACGAGUAUUGCGGAGGUUCCGAGGGCGUGGAGGAAGGGCGACGGUGGGAGAGGGAGAGAUGUGAGGGAGGAAGGAUUUGAGAUGGUGGAUUUGGAGGCUGGACGGGAUGGAAAGACUUGGUUCUCUGAGCAGAGGAAGGAAGAUGUACUUGACUGUUUUGGGUGGUAUGAUGUGUCCUUGAGUAUCGCUGUGAGUCCGCGGAAAGAUGAGGAAAGCUGCUUCCCGUCUGUUCCGAUCGACCGUGCAGAGGUCGCGACACCGGGGUUGAAGAAGAAUGCCACGUCUGCAGGCGGCUUGCUUACGUGGAGGAGGCUGAGUGAGGCGAGCGACAAGGAUGAAGGUGAGAUGACGCUCCACCUCAACCUGCCCGGUAGCCAUCAUCGCAGCGCCGCCCAACAAGAAGAACUCCGCGAGGCCCGCCGCCAACUGAAAGAGAAGAUCCGCAACGAUUGGGACUAUCCACCUUUACCCGCACACCGCUCUUCCGGCAGACAUCCUCCCGGUACAGCAUCAGAUCCAACCGCUGUCGCAACAACAACGGAAAUCGAGGACAGAAUCGCCGGCUUCCGCUUCCAUACCCCACCAUCUGCUUCUGUACCAGGUGAAAAUGGACGACCAGCGGAGGGAAGUGCAGCGUAUGUUUUAGGACUGGACUUUGAGCCGACGGAAUGGCGCGCACGAGAAGACGGAUCGGAAGAUGACGACGAGGACAGCAGUUCAGCGGACACAAGGACAGGAGGAACUGUACACAAAGGCAAGAAAAGCGGUGAGUCCAUCCGCUUCGAUCGGCCGGACAGUGUCGCAGCGGAAUUGGAGGAACGGAGACUAGUAAGGAAGAGGAGGCGACUAGGUAUGCUGGAAGAGGAAGUCCAGUCCAAUGACGGCCUGGCGCACUGGUUACGACGGAGGGAUGUAUGGUGUUGCGCAAGAGGCGCAGAGGAGGUGAGGAGUGUGGAGGAAGCACAGAGCCAUGCCGGCGCACAGCACUCGAGGACGACGACAUCCUCCUCCUCCUCCGCAGCGGCCUCCAUGACUUCAGCAUCCAGCGCCCGUUCCUCCACCUCCUCCACCUCGCCUCAAUCCAACGCCGCAUCCCUCAACACGCCCAUAACCACGCCCUCCACCUCUCCACCAAUCCCGGACUCCACCCAAGAACCGACCACCACCCUCCCCCCAUCCCUACAACCCAUCCUCCUCCCCAUAGCACCACCUCUCCUUCCCUCCCAUCCCGUCCGCACGCGUAUCACCCCGGCUCAACAUCCCGAAAUCUACUCCAAGAUCAUCCUCCAAUCGCGAACGCCCUCCGUGCCCAUCAACCUCCAGACUCUCAUCCGCGCGCUGGUACAAGGCUGGAUCAGCGAUGGCGAGUGGCCGCCGAAACCGGGGGUCGUAGAGAGGAGUUUUGCCCGACGGAAGUUGAAGGAUGGUGAGGGGGUGGGCAGUGUGGUGAAAGGAGGGAUUAGGAAGGUCUUGAGGAUGACGGGCGUUGGAGGUGGGAGUGGAGUGGAUGUUGUCAAGUAG